GAGCGACGUUUGAGAAGUUUGAGAGGCGGUGAAGGCUCAACCCACCCCGGAGGACAACGGCCCGGGAGGGGCGUACCCUGCUCUCGCCAGCCCCACCCCAGUGAACGCGGGGGAGGCAGCGGGUUUGCACGGAAUGAGUCGCUGCGCGGCGGGAGGAUCCUGGGCCGGCUGAAGAAAAUGAUGAACAAGGGGGAUGACUCUGUGAGCGAGGUGGGCUCGAUGACGUCCACGUCAACAGCGGCAGCUCACUCCACAGGAGACAUCCACCCCAUCACCAGCUACGUGGUCAACUACCUGCUGCUGCUCUGUAACAGCGAGCUGCCCUACUUCCAGAUCCUCGAGUGCGUGUUUGAGGACAUGAUCAGCAACGCCAGCGACUCAGCAGCCAGUAUCGUGACGCCACGUGUGCAAGGCCGGCUGGCCUUUGCUGCGGCACGCAUCGUGGACGCCCUCAAGACGAAAUCUGGGACAGCGGGCGGCGAUGCUAAGGGACGACACCCUGGCUGAGCUCUUUAUGAUGAACAACCUCGCCUAUGUUCUGACCAAGAUUGACGCGUCGGAUGCCGGGCGGCUGCUUGGUACGGCCUGGAUCGGCACAUAUGGAGCGAUGGUGGACACCCACCGAGAUAGAUUCAUCAUGCACACCCUCGCCAAGUUCGACGUGGUCUUCUCAGAUGAGCGCCUGGAUUCCUCCUCUCUCGUCAAGCGCCUCAAGACGUUCAACAUCAUCCUGGAGCAAAUGCGGCAGCGCCACAUGGCGUGGACCAUCACCAAUCGCGAGCUACGGGCGCACGUUAAGGCCAAGACGCUCUCGGGUCUCCUGGACAAGUACCGGGACUUCAUAAUCAAGCACGGUAACAUCCUCCGCAGUCACCGCUCGCUGGAUGUGCGAGUGCUGGCAUGUGAGGAGGUGGAGACAAUGCUGGCAGACUCGUUCAGCAGCAUGCCCAUGGGGAAGAGCAAGUGACAUGCACUAGUGGCAUGCACAAGUGGCAUGCACUAGUGACAUGCACAAGUGGCAUGCACAAGUGACAUGCACUAGUGGCAUGCACAAGUGGCAUGCACAAGUAACAUGCGCAAGUGACAUGCACAAGCGGCAUGCGCAGGUGACACACGCAAGUAGCAUGCGCAAGGGGCAUGCACGGAUGGAGAGGUGGAGAGGUUGGUAGAUGGAUCGAUGGUGAGGUGGAUGGGUGGAUGGAUGGAUAAUGGAGGUAGUGCCGUGCAUGGGUGGGGUAGAGGAAGGGGAUGGGCACCGGCAUUGGUGCUGGCAUGUGAGGCAGGGGAGACGAUGCCAGCAGACUCACUCAGCAGCAUGCCACCGGGGAAACUCGGACGAUGAUGACGAGGCGGAGAUGUGAGAUGCCAUUAGAACAGGUCGUUGUGGGCAUCCAUGUAUGUCAUAGUGGGGAUGCAACUACGGGUGAGGGAAGGGCGUGUAAGCAUGAUCAUGGUCGUCAAGUCAGCCCCCACGAGGCGCCUAAAAAGCAGAGCUGCAAUCGCACAUCCCUUCAGCACUUUACCUAGAGUUCCUGAACUAUGUGCAUAGAGGUAGUCGGCAACCAAGUCACUUUCUAGAACGCUUGUAUGGUUUUUGUGCUCGCCUACAACGGGCCAUAGGUGACCAAUUCCACAUCCACCUACUAAAUGUAAUUGCCUUUGACAAUAUCUAAUU